CUAUCGAUUGCGAUUGAGCCAUUUCUAUAGUCAGCGGACACUCCAACUGUAUGCUCAAUAAUACUCUAUCGACUACUUUGAUGUUAACCCACUCCGCUAUCGAAAGAAACUCUUGCAACAGGAUGCAACGAAGAGUCCGGAAUAAAAUUAGUCUAGCGUUGACAUUUUUGCUUUCGACAACUGCGAUAGUCGCAUGCGCUCGUACGCACGCCUUUGUUGCGGUACCAUCCCCGACACCGAAAAGGAUCGUAUCGCCACAACACUCGGUGUUGGCUCUUUCGACCGACACCUCAUUGGACAGAAAUUUGGACGCCAGCGAGAAGCAAUCGCCACCUAUUCGUCCGUGCUACUACAAGACACCGGAGGGGCGUUGGAAACCAAGGAUAGAACUGUCGGCUUUGGCUUUGGGGCAAGAACUGCAAGGAUACGUCGUACAGGAGCUUUUGGAUGGAGUUACUGGUCCCAAGGUUUUUCUGGAGGUGGGAGUCGGUCGAACUACCCGACAACGAGUAUUCAAUGAAACGGACGUCGUUUCUGCAGCAAGGCCAGAAAGCGGCUGGAAGAUUGUGUACGCCAUGCUACGACUCGGUUCGAAAGGAACAAAGUCAUCCGUAACACAAAAAAGAGCAGCGCGGUUACGUAAGAAGACUGCCGGUACGCCGGUCUUUGUCAGCAAAAUUCGCAGUGAGAACGGGCAACUCGAAGUGUGUUUGAACGAAUUCGACGUAGAACGCAGUGCUACUCCGAAAGUCUCCGCUUCAAGUUUUCCGAUCGGUAAAGAACUGACGGGAACAAUCAAACGGAUCGAACCAUACGGCGUCAUGAUUGACGUGGGGGCGAAUCGUCUCGGACUUUUGCACAUUCGAAAAGUGGCGGAUUUGUAUGGAUCCUUUAUAGACAAAGCCCAAGGCUUAGAAGAAGCCGGUUUGGAGCUCAACACCAAGGUAAAAGUACAGAUAGCGAGUAAUGAAGGAAAACAACUCUUUCUGGAUUUUACCAAUGACGUUAAAGAAGAAGGCAGGCUUGAAAGGGAAGAGCGGGAGCGAGAAAAACAAGAGCGAUACGAACGAUGGCUGGCGAGAAAUCAACUAAUGGCCGUCCCUGGCGAAAACGAGACCACUAGUGUCGCUGUUCCCAGCGAUAUCUUUUCAGUGGAAGACGUGGACAGUAAUGUGAGCACAACAAUCUCCGAUGAAGAAUCACUUCUUUCCGAAGAAGAGGCAGCGGCUUGGGCAGUUUUUGCGACCGGUGGAUCAACUUCAGUGUCAGUGCCAUCGGUGGUAGAGGAGGAAGACGAAGAUGACUAUGACGAGGACAGAGACAUUGAAGAUGCACUCGGUCUAGGAACCUAUUAG